GUGUAUCCUACUUGCGAGGAGACGCUACGGGCCACGGGCCAAUUCGUCCGCGACGACGAAGCCCACGCCGUGCUCGACGAGCUCAUUGCGCUCCGCUACACUGCAGCCCAACUUCGCUUCGCGUUCCUGGUUCUACUCGAACAAGAUGCCGCCCCCGUGUCUCUCUACCGCAAGUACGAACGACCGCUUAUGAAGGACUUCCUGGACCGAGGUCUCGGCGCCCGCGCCGCCCAGAAAAAUCUCAUGGUCCUGCUGCGAGCCACCUGGCUCCAGAACGGCAACAGCGACGAAUAUUGGAAGCUGGGCGAGAUCACUGACGGAGCUCCCGCCGACGCUACCGCAGGGCCCCCCUCAGAUACUACAACGCCUACCCCCACCCCGACGACCGCUCUGCUCGCCCGCAUUCGCCAAUGCCCCGGGCAACGCACAGCUUGCGACCACAUUCUCACUUGCUGCCACCAGCGUCGCGAAGCCUUCGUGUUUGUGGAAGGCCGCGCGGGCACAGGGAAGACUACGUUGGCUACCUGCCUCGCGCAAGCUCUCGAAGCCGAUGGGCACCAGGUACUCAACGUGGCUACCACAGGGCAGGCCGCCCUCUUGCAGCCUCGCGGCACCGCGGCACAGUCCGCCUUCGCCAUUCCAGUGCACGACGACGCCGAACUCACGUGCUCUUUAUCAAUGACGUCGGCCCAAGCCAUUACAAUUUGCAAGGCCACUUUGAUCCAGUGGGAUGAAUUCCCUUCUGCAAGAAAAGCAGCGUGGGACGCUGUUAUUGCAUUGCUGCGCGCACUCGCCGAUCGUUACCCGGACACAUACGUCCCGAAGACCUUCGUCGGAUACGGGGACUUCAGGCCGACAGGCAAGCGGGCGGCCGAAUUGCUCGGCAUGGCUCACCUGCGCAGCUGCGGCUUUGCCGAAGAGAGCAUGGUUUGCGAGAUCGGGUCCAAUUUAUCUCGGUCGCGAAAGCGCGCCCGUGCCUCGCACUGGCCAGACGAUAUCCGCGAUGGCUUCGCGCUGUCAUUGCGCGCACUGUAUUUCGCAGAGCGUCGGGCUCUCUGGACGCGCUUGGCCCGGCGCAAGGUCGCCGAGCUCGCCAUGGCCCCGAAGAGCUCGAACGCGACUUACGAGUACGCCCCGGAGCAGACCGCAGCCACCGCUGCGAAGGCGGCAGACGCGGGGAAGAACCGCGACUACGUGUCGCUCUACACGGAACACAUCCACAUCGAGCUCCUUGACAUCAACAAGAAGAAAGCGAACGGGGUCCGCGUCACCAUCGCCGACGGCGCGAGCUUGCGCUUCCGCGAGGAGCGCAAGACCCACGGCCUCACCACGCUGUGGAAGGACGCCGUCGCCGUCCACGACUUGGACGAGGCCCCCGCUGGCGUCCAGAUCGCGCAGUGUGGCUUCACCAGGGCGCUCAGCAAGGGCAACCCGAAUCCGAGCUGGGCCCGCGUCCUCGUGGCAUUCGGCCAGUCCGCCCGCGCCGCAGCCAACGCGCAGAAGCACGUGCUGCAGACCACCGCAGACCUACUCCAGCACAGCUACAUCGAAGCCGAUUUCGUCGUGCCGCCGACGGGGGAACACAGCGGCUUCACAGUCUCCAGCGUCCGCAACCAGAACCGUGUCCAGCUCACUCGGUCCUUCAAGAUGCUCGACGGCACCGACCGCGCGGUCAAGGAGUUGCACAACGUCUGCGUCGUCGUCGCCAAGAACAUCCCCGAGAAGAUCCUCGCGCCGCUGCGCAGACUGCAGAAGAAGUACCCGCAGUUCAUCACGUGGGCCACGUGUGACCCGAACACGGCCAUGGUGGACGCCGUCCCUUCUGCCCUGACCGCCAAGGCGCCGGCCGCCCCCACGUCCGUCAAGAAGCGCCCGGCGGCGGCCGCCGUCGGCGGUGCCGUCGCGAAGAAGCCCGCCAAGAAGGCGAAGAACUGA